GACAAGCAGCAGCUCUUUGACAGUUCAGCCAUGUCUGCACCUGCUAUGGGGAGCAGCAAAACAACGUUUAUUGAUGGAAGCCAGAAGAAGAAGAAGGGAGCAGGUGCACUGGCCACCGCCUAUCUGGUGAUCUACAACGUGGUUAUGACUGCUGGGUGGCUGGUCAUUGCUGUUGGGCUUGUCCGGGCAUAUCUUACCAGAGGCAGCUACCAUGGACUUUAUUACUCUAUAGAGAAGCCACUGAAGUUUUUUCAGACUGGAGCGCUCCUGGAGAUACUGCAUUGUGCUUUAGGCAUUGUGCCUUCUUCUGUGGUCCUGACUGGAUUUCAGGUGAUGUCACGGGUGUUCCUUACAUGGGCCGUUACACACAGUGUUAGAGAAGUCCAGAGUGAAGACAGUGUGCUUCUCUUUGUGGUGGCUUGGACCAUCACAGAGAUCAUACGCUACUCAUUCUACACCUUCAGCUUGCUUAACCACCUUCCCUAUCUCAUUAAAUGGGCAAGAUACACAUUUUUCAUUGUUCUUUACCCCAUGGGAGUUUCUGGAGAACUUCUGACCAUCUAUGCUGCAUUGCCUUAUGUUCAGAAGACAGGCCUCUAUUCAAUCACUCUGCCCAACAAGUAUAACUUCUCCUUCGACUACUAUACCUUCCUUAUCCUCACUAUGAUCUCAUACAUACCAUUGUUCCCUCAGCUCUACUUCCACAUGUUGCGUCAGAGAAAGAAGGUCCUCAGUCACAUGGGCGAGUACAAAGUGGAAUAAAAAAAGAGCAUCCGCUCAACCCAAAUCAACCACAUAAAGGAAUGGAACAAAAAAAGACAUCCUUCCCAGGGGGUACCAGGAUGAUAUUAUAUGAGAAAAAAGUUGCUUGUCAAUUCAUGGAGCUUUUUUUUUAAGACAAGGAAAUUGCAGAUGAUAUCUAACAAAGCUAGUUUGGGAAUGAGCUCUUGAAGUUUGGAAUUUUAAUAAUUAUGAAUAAUAUGAUAAGGAUGGUUCGAGCAAAUGCUGCCAUAUAUGAUAAUAGAAUGCUUUGUGCAUAUUAAUAGUUUUAAUGAGGUCUAAUUGAGUUAUGUUAAACUUGGUGAGGUUAUAAUAGGUUGUUUUUAACUUGUGUUUCCGUCAACUAAAACAAAUCCCUAAAAUUAAUAAUAUUAACCAAUAAGAGUGUUUCAUUCACUUGGAAGUAUUAGUAGCAACUUUGGUUAUGCACAGUCAUGGGCACGUUUAUUAAGUUGUAGAUUAUUUAGGGGUUUUUUUGUGUUGUCUUUAUGUUUAUCGUUCGUACACUUGCAUUCCAUUGCGUAAUGUUAAACAAAUGUAAAACUAAUUCGUGCUCAGGAGUUCCUAUUUCUAAUUAAUCUGCUGUUUUAUGAAAGGCAUGUUAAUGACUAACCUACACUGUGUUGUUUUGCUUGGUAUUGGAUGUGAUGUGAUUUUUUAAAUGUGACCUCAAGAAGCGUAAGAUUAAGAGCUUAAUCUCUGAACCAUUUAAAAACAAGCCUGAAGUCCUGUCUGUAUGGACUUUCUAAAGUGUCUGAUUAAAAGAUAGUGACAUUAAAGCUGACCGAGCACGUGCCAGCAGGUAACUGGUGCAAUUGGAUAAGCCUGCGUCCAGUCAUGCAUUUCUAACGAGUAAAAUCUAAUAAUGCGCCGAGCGAGCCAGGAAUCGGUAGUUGCUAAGCGCUUUGUUGUGUGUCUGCUCUCAUUAUCAGUAGCAAAGGACUAAGCAAGAUCAAGCCUUAAAGAAGGGCUGGCUCAUUAGUCCUAAUGAACAUCCUGCAGACUGGCUUUUCUCUACAAUUUAGGUCUGAGCUUUACUUUCAAAGGUUAUAGCAGAGAAACAUCGUAAGCGGUGGUCAUUGGCACUCGUAGAAGGAAAGAUUUUGAUAGAUGACUGUUGCCCAACAUAAAUAUCACCAUUGUUUAAUUUAAUCCCCUCUGACCAAGUUCUGACCUCACAACCUUAGCACUGUCGCUGUCUAAAGUCAAAGGAAUGGUUGAUGGGACAAAAAUGAUGGAAUUAGCAUCUCUAGUGCAAUUUUAUUUAGACAUGCAUGAAAGGUGAACCUGCCUUAUUACUUGAAUGGUGUAGUGUGGUAAUACACCAGUUAACCCACAAGCAUGAGACGGUAUUGGGCUUUUGAUACAGGAUUGAUAAGGAUUUGCAUGGGACCAGCGGACUUUGUAUGAUCAGUAAAACAAUUUUAUAUUUACAAUAAACUAAUAAUCUGGAGAAAA